AAUUAAUGCCGGGCGCCUGAGGCGAGGGGGCGGCUCAGCGCCGGGGUCGCAGCGUUCUCGCUUGGCUGGAGGCGGCCGCGGCCGACAUGGGCUGUUUCUGCGCUGUUCCGGAAGAAUUCUACUGCGAAGUUUUGCUCCUGAAUGAAUCCAAGUUAACCCUCACCACCCAGCAGCAGGGCAUCAAGAAGUCAACGAAAGGUUCUGUUGUCCUUGACCACGUAUUCCGUCACAUAAAUCUUGUGGAGAUAGAUUAUUUUGGACUGCGUUUCUGUGACAGAAGCCAUCAGACAUAUUGGCUGGAUCCUGCAAAAUCCCUUGCUGAGCACAAAGAACUGAUCAACACUGGACCUCCAUAUACUUUGUAUUUUGGUAUUAAAUUCUAUGCUGAAGAUCCAUGUAAGCUUAAAGAAGAAAUAACCAGGUAUCAGUUUUUCUUGCAGGUGAAGCAAGAUGUCCUUCAGGGCCGGCUGCCUUGCCCUGUCAACACUGCUGCUCAGCUGGGAGCCUAUGUCAUCCAGUCUGAACUUGGAGAUUACGACCCUUAUAAGCAUACUGCGGGGUAUGUGUCAGAGUACCGGUUCGUUCCUGAUCAGAAGGAGGAACUCGAGGAAGCCAUAGAAAGGAUUCAUAAAACUCUGAUGGGUCAGGCUCCUUCUGAAGCAGAGCUAAAUUACCUGAGGACUGCCAAAUCCCUGGAGAUGUAUGGUGUUGACCUCCAUCCCGUCUAUGGAGAAAACAAAUCUGAAUAUUUCUUAGGAUUAACUCCAGUUGGUGUUGUCGUCUACAAGAAUAAAAAACAAGUGGGAAAGUAUUUCUGGCCCCGGAUUACAAAGGUUCACUUCAAGGAGACACAGUUUGAACUCAGAGUGCUGGGAAAAGAUUGCAAUGAAACCUCAUUCUUUUUUGAAGCUCGAAGUAAAACUGCUUGCAAGCAUCUUUGGAAGUGUAGUGUAGAACAUCAUACGUUUUUUAGAAUGCCAGAAAAUGAAUCGAAUUCAUUGUCAAGAAAACUCAGCAAGUUUGGAUCCAUGAGUUACAAGCACCGCUAUAGUGGCAGGACAGCAUUACAGAUGAGUCGAGAUCUUUCUAUUCAACUUCCACGUCCAGAUCAGAAUGUGGCAAGAAGUCGAAGUAAGACUUAUCCUAAGAGAAUAGCACAAACACAGCCAGCUGGCUCAAACAGCAUAAAUAGGGUAACUGCGAACAUGGAAAAUGGAGAAAACGAAGGAACAACUAAAAUUAUCGCCCCUUCACCAGUAAAAAGCUGUAAGAAAGCAAAGAAUGAAAACAGCCCUGAUACCCAAAGAAGCAAAUCGCAUGCUCCGUGGGAAGAAAAUGGCCCCCAGAGCGGACUCUACAACUCUCCCAAUGAGCGCACAAAAUCCCCAAAGUUCCCCUGCACACGCCGCCGAAACCCCUCCUGUGGAAGUGACAAUGACUCUGCACAGCCAAUGAGGAGAAGGAAAGCCCAUAACAGUGGUGAGGACUCAGAUCUAAAGCAAAGGAGGAGGUCACGCUCACGCUGUAACACAAGCAGUGGUAGUGAAUCAGAAAAUUCUAAUAGAGAACAUCGGAAAAAGAGAAACAGAACACGGCAGGAGAACGACAUGGUUGAUUCAGCGCCACAGUGGGAAGCUGUUUUAAGGAGACAAAAGGAGAAAAACCAGGCGGACCCCAACAACAGACGAUCUAGACACAGAUCUCGCUCGAGAAGCCCUGAUAUCCAAGCCAAAGAAGAGUUAUGGAAGCAUAUUCAAAAGGAACUUGUGGAUCCUUCUGGAUUGUCAGAAGAACAAUUGAAAGAGAUUCCAUACACUAAGAUAGAGACGCAAGGUGACCCAGUCCGCAUCCGGCAUUCCCAUUCGCCGCGAAGUCACCGCCAGUAUCGCAGGUCCCAGUGUUCAGACGGCGAGCGAUCCGUUCUCUCGGAGGUGAAUUCAGAAGCGGGCCUCGUGCCCCCGCUUCCCGUGACGCGCUCUUCCGAUGCCCGGGGCUCUGGCGGCGCCACAGUUCACCAGAGAAAAAAUGGGUCUAAAGAUAGCCUGAUUGAAGAAAAGACUCAGACAUCAACAAGCAAUCUGGCUGGAAAACACACAGCAAAAACAGUAAAAACUAUCCAAGCUUCACGCCUCAAGAUAGAGACUUGAUCCCAGUGCAAAAGGGUUUGGUAUGGGGGGUGGGAAGGGUGUGUGUGAAUUUGAAACUGUGAAUUUUAAUUAUUCAAGUAUCUUGGACCUGCUCAAGUGUUUUCUUCAGAAGAAAGUAAUUUAGUGUUGUAUCUUUUAAAGGUUGAAGUACAGCACAUCUGUGCCAACAGGCCUUUUUAUUUGUAACUGGAAGGACAGCAGUCUUGUAAAAGCUCAUUCAUUUGAUGCCGAAUAUUCCUUCCUGGAAACCCCAACUGUCUCGGGUCCACCACAACCAAGACCAGAUGCUUCUGAUCAAAGUUCUGGAAUCCUGGGCUGCAGCUGGUUGGCUGUGCAACAGCGUACCAAGGGGGAUGGAAAAGUUCUUCCCAGCUCUAGUUGAUCUCAACUUGUGCACACGUGAACUGAGGCAUCACUUUCAGACUGCAGAUAUUUUUAUCCAUAUAAAUGUUCUUUUAACACUGUAUUUUGUGGCAUUAAGUUCCACUGGUUAUUUACAAAUGUAAAAACUUUUUAAGUGUUGCUUUUAAUUUGUAAUGUUUAGUUUUCAGAAAGAAAAGGUGGUUAUGUGUAUUUCAGUUGACCUGUUUAUAAAUCCAUGAUCCUCAACCUCAAAUGGUCCCUUUUUCCUUCCUGGUGACUUCUGACCUCUCCUCUCUGUGAAGAGCUUUUUUAUUUUCCCUAUUAAUAGGGAAAAUGGAAAUACACUGGACUUUUCAUCUUCCCAUUACUUCACAAAGCUUUCCACAGUGGCCAUCCACCCAAAUCCUUCCUCUUGUCCUGUCCCCCCACCUGCGUCUUGGCAUCACCUCCUUUGGCCUUCUUGUCCCUGGCUCUCCCUUCUAUCAAAAUAUUCUCCCGCUCCCUCUUAGGUAUCUUUGCCACUUGGUUUUAAACUUUUGAGACACACCUAAAAAAGCCAACCAGCCAACUUUCACCACCAUGAACCCCCUUCCAGCUACCUUUUACCACUUUCCAAGUUUCUUGGAUUAUUGGUAGUCAAUAUUCUGCUGUUAAUCCAUCUGAUCUGUUAACUGAUCCCUAGUAUAUUCUCCCCCACUGCUCCACUGAAGCAGACCUCGCUGCAAUCACCUUCACAUCACCAAAUGCCUACGGUAACUUAGACUGCCUUGCAACAUUUUCUUGCUCCUUUAAUGCAGCAUUUAAAAAAAAAAAUAUUCUGACCAUUCUUUGCUUAUGCUAUUCUACCUCACCAGUUAAUUAUCAGAGUUUCAUCACAUUUAUGCUCAUGGAUUUAGGGUUUAUUUCUAUAGCUUAGACUAUGGACCAGUGUUCUGCCAACUUAGAUCUCUGAAAGGUGAUGCCAAUUCAACUAGCUUAAAAUGCUGCUCCCCAGCUGCAUUUAGGAGCAUUACGGCUGGGACUACUCACAAAGCAGUCACUGCGGACACCUCCCCACUUCCAAACCCUGCUUAGUUUAACUAGCUCUCUUCAUUAAUUUUACUCACCCUGGUCCAGGGUGGUCAUCUCUUGCCUAGACAACCGCAGUAGCCUCCAAAUGGCUAACCUGUAUUACAUUUCUUGCAUGAAUUUGUUAGGGAUUUCCUUUUGCUUUAAAUAGCCUUAAAUGGUUUGGCCUCUGACCUGUUCUCAUCAUAACACCCCCAGCUCCCAUAACUGCCACCUUCAGCCUCAAUAAGCACUCAACUCUUGUCUGAAUUGAGGGCACUUCAGAGGGGAAGCAGCUAUCACUGUCACCGAGUCUGGAUUUAUGGCCAUAACCCUUUUUUCUAGCCCGAGGCCUUGGCACAUACCAUUCCCCGAACUUUGCCUUGCAAAAUUGAUACCUACCCUUAGUCUCAACUGCUUUUCCAGGUUUCCCUGACUUGGUCAAAUCCUACCAUGCAUGGGACAUGUCUCAACAAAAGUUUUACAUUUGUGACAUUUCCUCCGUUCAAUUCUAAGCUUCCAAAGGCAGGAACUGUAUUUUGCUUAUUACCAUUGUGUUCCUAGCUCCCAAUUCAGUGCUUUCAAUAAAUUCUUUGAAUGCCUGAA